GUACAGACGGGGGUCGACACAACAGUCCGGGGCACCUUGCAUGUGUGAGUGUGUUUUAUGUGUGAGUGAGGGGACAUGUGUGUGAGUGAGUGUGUGCGUGUUUGCGUGCUCACGUUACCUUCAAGUGUCCCCCUCAAACAAAAUUAAAGGACUGAGUUUGACAGAGCCUCACAGGAGUCGCAUUUCCACAACAUCAGAACACCUGAGAUCUGAUGCUUCCUGCCAUCACCAUGGAAACUGAGGCCAGUCACAUGCUGGAGGCGGCGCUGGAGCAGAUGGAUGACAUCAUCGCAGGCUCGAAAGCUGCUGCGGUGGAGUUUUCUAACAGCAUGUAUGACCUGGGAUCUCCCGUCAGUGCUGGUCCGCUGCAGGUCGUCCAGUUAGCCGAGGACCUUAAACUUGCCUUGGAGCUCCAACCCAACCAGGAGGGAAGAGACAGCCUCAGAGCACAACUACCUACAGAAACAGCACAGGCUCUCAUGGACUGGCUGCAGACCGGAGCUGUGAACCUGUGUUCUCCAGCCAACAAUGAAACCUACCAAGAACGACUGCUCCGCCUAGAGGGAGACAAGGAGUCUCUGGUGCUACAGGUGAGCGUUCUGACCGACCAGGUGGAGGCGCAGGGAGAGAAGAUCAGAGACCUAGAAAGUUCUCUGGAGGAACACCGGCAGAAACUGGCCUCCACAGAGGAAAUGCUGCAGCAGGAGCUGAUGAGCAGGACCUCUCUGGAGACUCAGAAGCUGGAUCUGAUGGACGAGGUGUCGUACCUCAAACUGAAGCUGGUCAGCAUGGAGGAGACCCAGACCAACGCACACCCACAGGAUCCCGCGGAUACAGAGCAGGACAAAGCCGAGUGUGUGGUAAAUCUCAUCAGUGAGCUCCAGGAGCAGAUGUGCAGGUUUCAGGAGGAGAUCAGCACUCGCAUCCAGGAGAAACGGGCCCUGGAGGAGAGGGAGGCCCAGCAGGGGGAGCCCAGAGGCAGCCAAGCCGAGGGCCACUGCCCCCAGGUCGGGUCGGCCGGCUCAGACCUGAGCCUGUCUGGCUCUGACGCCCGGAUGCGCAAUGGAGGACAGACUGUACACGAUUUGCUGCUAGAAGUGAAGCAGCUAAAGAGCAGGGUGGAGGAGCUGGAGGGGGAGAAGGGCCAGUAUGAGAGGAAACUAAGAGGCACCAAGGCAGAAAUCUCAGAGCUGCAGCAGCUCCUGGCCUCCAAAGACGCUGAGAUUGAGUGCCUGCAAACCCAGCUGCUGGCCAGAGGCAGCACCGCCAAUGACAACGCAGAGAGAGACCAGGAAUACCAGAGGUUGAAGGUGGGGAUGGAGUCUUUGUUAGCUUCAAAUGAUGAGAAGGAUCGACGUAUAGAGGAGCUGACCGUUCUGCUGGGCCAGUACAGAAAGAUGAGGGAAGUCAUGGCUCUCACACAGGGGAGUAGUGAAGAGGAGCUGAGUGGCAGUUUGAGACUCAGAGCCAUCACACACAAAGCACACUCCGACUUCCUCAGGUCAGAGAUGUCAUCAAGAGGCUCUUCUCCACUUAUGUUAUCCUCCUCUCCUUAUCAGAGAGAAUUGGACUCCAGUAUCCAGAACUCUAUGGACACGUCGCUGGUGUCCACUGCAGAUACAAGCUUCUUUAACGGAUCGUGGCAUCAGCGCAGGUUGCUGUCCAGCAGUCUUGAAGAGUUGCAGAGUGGCUCCUUACAAAAGAAUCCACCUCCGGAGCUGAGCAAGUACCAGACUCUGCCGGGAAAACGCAGUAAAAAGAGCGAGCUGACUGCCGAGCUGAAUGGUAGCAGAGAGGGAGAUGGAGAGUAUUUAUCUCCUGUCCAGCUCUCCGCUGUCCACAGCCAUGACCAGGACUACAGUCUCAAGCGUCCAGAGAAGCUAGAGGAGUGUGUCCUGUCAGACCAGUCCCCUCUGUCCUCUGGAGUGGACUCUGGACAGCAGUCCCCUGUCUCACCAGAAAACAGGAAGAGUCACAGAGGAAUUAAAAAACUCUGGGGGAAGAUCCGUCGCAGCCAGUCAGGCAGCCCUGCUCAGGCUCAUGACCCUGAGCUGGGGGAGUUCAAGAGGGGAGGCUUCAGAGCUACAGCUGGACCAAGACUGUCCCGUUCAGGGAACACACGAGACCUGAAGAUGCCUUUUGCCAAGUGGAGCGCAGAGCAGGUUUGUGACUGGCUUGAGGAGAUUGGACUCGGUCAGUACGGCAUCCUCGCUCGCCACUGGGUCACCAGUGGUCAGACUCUACUGUCAGCCACACCGCAAGACCUAGAGAGGGAGCUGGCGAUGAAGAAUCCGCUCCACAGGAAGAAGCUCCAGUUAGCCAUCAAGACGAUCAGCGGCAAGCAGGCUGAAAAGUCUGCAGAGCUUGAUUACGUCUGGGUCACUCGCUGGCUCGAUGACAUCGGCCUUCCUCAAUACAAAGACCAGUUUAAUGAUGGAAGAGUGGACGGGCAGAUGCUGCAGUACCUCACUGUGAAUGACUUGUUAUUCCUGAAAGUGACCAGCCAGCUGCAUCACCUCAGCAUCAAGUGCGCCAUUCAUGUUCUCCACGUCAGCAAGUUCCACCCUAACUGCCUGAAGCGCAGGCCCAGCAAUGAGAACCAGUUCACUCCCAGUGAGGUGGUGCAGUGGUCCAACCACAGAGUCAUGGAGUGGCUGAGAUCUGUGGAUCUAGCAGAGUAUGCACCAAACCUGAGGGGCAGCGGCGUGCACGGAGGGCUAGUAAUGCUGGAGCCUCGGUUUAACUCGGACACGCUGGCCAUGCUGCUUAACAUCCCUCCUCAGAAAACACUGCUGAGACGCCACCUAACCACCAACUUCAACAACCUGGUGGGAGCACAAGCUCAGCAGGAGAAGAGGGAGUACACUGAGUCAGCAGGGUACACCCCACUCAGCAUCACAGCUAAAGUCAAGCCAAAGAAACUGGGCUUCUCUAACUUGACUCACCUCCGGAGGAGACGGGCGGAUGAAUCCACAGACUACGUCUGUCCAAUCGAGUCGUCCUCGCCUCAGUCAGGACAGUCCACAGUGAACGGGGUGCAGGUGCGGCCCUACGCCGGCUUCAGAGGCCUGAGUCCCAUCCUGGACCGAGAGUCCGACCGCUCCAGGGACCAGAUGGCGAUCACAGAGGGUACCAUGUUGCAAAUAGAAGCUCUGUCUGAAAGCAUCAACAACCUCACAUACCUGCUCAGCCGAGAUGAGCUGCGGAAGGAGCUGAGGCGGUCGCACACGGCGCUAGUCUGAAGGACAAGGACCCGACGCUGUUGGCUCACUAAUGCUGUCAAUCAACCGCAGAGACCCGUAGCAACCAAUCUCACACCUGUACUGUACCUCAAGCCCCGGCCUAACACUGCUGUGCGGAGCUCUCACAUCUUCUUCUACUAGCCGCUGAUACCUCAUGUAACGUGCAGUUACAGUGGACCUAGAGACGCCAGUGGACGUACACAGCGUGGAAAACAUUCAUCAAGGGUUGCUUACACAAGUCUUUGUUUAAUUUCUAUAUUAAUGAACUGAACUGUCACUCACUUGGGGCAUUUUUUAACUGCUUUCCUCGAUUCCCUAUGCAAUGUACCCUCUAAUGAUCAUACUGACCACUGUGUAUUAUAUAUACUGUGCUGGUGAACCAAAGGGGAGAAGAGGGCCACAUUAGCCACAAUGACAAUCAUUUGAAAUGCAGAAUAUCAUUUCGCGAGAGGGGCCAAAAAAGAGCCACGUUCAAAAUCUAAACAUGCAAUGACAAUGUGUUUUAAGUUCCCCAAUAUUAUCAUUUUGAAUUUUCGAGACAUAACGAGAAUGAUGUGCUCAAACUGGCUUUUUUGUAUCUGUCAGUCAAGUAGGAAGUAGGAGAGUAGGAAGAGAGUACAGCUCAGAAUUAAAAACUGUUUUCAUUGUGUAGUUUGUCUACCAGAGAGGACUGACAAGUUUAUUUAAACACGUCUUGGUUACAAUUGUGAAUAAAUAAAUCUGCACUAAUCAAUAUUUUUACAGAAAAAAUUUGUGUCAGAUGAAUGUGUGAAAUGUGGAAGCUGUUACCCGUAGGAUGAACCCACAGAGAAUUAUUUGUACCACAACUUCACUGUUUCUCUUGUCUGUUCCAGCCAGUCUUGAGUGAAAAAGCCUUGUACACUACCUGCUCAGCACCAAACUGCACAUGGUGGAGCAUUUAGCAGCAAAAGAGCCAGACAUUUCUCUCAGGAAUUGGUGGAGACCAAAACAGAGCUAAAAGGAGAGGGUGAAUAUAGGACUUAGAUUCAUCAGGUGAAUGGAAACAUGACUUGAAUUGAAUGCUAAUGCUGGCCUGGUCAGGGUCAUGGUGUGUCUUCGACUUGUUCAGCUGCCAAGCGACCAAACAGUCUGUCGAGAAUCCUUUUCAAAGACACAUUUUUAUGUUAUGUGUUCAUUUUAAAUCGGAAUAUUGGCAGACUUAUCGUAUUUUGGGAACUCUCAAAUCAGCCACAAAACAGUUUGUGUUAGUUGGGCUCAAAUGUCCAUGGAUGU